ACAAUGGGUGAAUUUCCAGGAUGUCCGGCCCCCUUCCGAGAAGGAGGGGAGAUAACAAAAUGUAAAAAAGGUGUCUGUCAAAGACCAAUCAGGCAGCUGGGGACAAGUUCCCUCUCUGGUCCGAGCCUAAGCCGGGACCAAUCAGCAGGAGAACACAACCAAAUCUAUAAUUUACAUACGGGGAAGUGGGAACCUAUAAAACUGACAUAUUCGCGCCCAAAAGGGUUCCUUCUUCGACCUCCUGCGUGAGGACCAAGGAACCCCGGUGCACCGGCCUUCAAUAAACCUCUUGCGUUUUGCAUCGACUUCCGACUCUUGUUGUUUCCUGGGCGAGUCGAAACUCCUAGGAGACCGCGCAGGUCUAACAUUUGGGGGCUCGUCCGGGAUUCCACUCGCCCCGGACCACAAGAACAUCGGGAGUUGGAGGUACCAGGUAAGCUCGAGCUUGAUUGUCUGUUUGUCCCUUGUUCUUUGUGGGCCAUUAUCGGAGGAAAGCCGUAAGAAUCGGCUUAUUAUGGAAUCUGUAUCGGACCUCUGGCUAGGCAGACGUGCUAAUAGCCGGCGUCCAUGAGCCCUAGGGGACGCCCUGGUGGCUCAUCUGGAAGGAGAGGCAAACUCUGUCUCCCCUUCACUCGGUUUCGGCAGUUCCCUUGGUGAUAACUGCCAUCUGAAGAAGUUUCGGUUUUGAAGCGAGCUCGCGGUGGCCCAUACGUAUAUGUGUUUCGUGGAGUUUUAACUGUUUCUGUAUUGUGGUCUAUUCUUCUUCUCUGACGGACGACAAUGGGACAAACUAUGACGACUCCUCUUUCCCUUACCCUAAGCUAUUGGACCGAAGUUCGGGCCAGAGCCCAUAAUUUUUCGGUAGAGGUAAAGAAAGGAAAGUGGAAGACUUUGUGUGCCUCUGAAUGGCCAACAUUUCAGAUAGGAUGGCCCCCCGAAGGAUCCUUUUUAUUAGACAAGAUUAAGCUGCUGAAGUCUAAGAUAUUUAAUAUAGAUCCCCACGGACAUCCAGACCAAGUACCAUAUGUCUUGGUCUGGGAAGAUUUAAUUCUCUCCCCACCUCCGUGGGUCCGGCCCUUUGUUUCCUCAACAGGUACGUCCGCGCAUACAUCAGCAGCGUCGGAAAUAUUAGCCUUAAAGAAAAACCCCAACACGGAGAAGCUACCCGACGCCCCGGAUCUACCGAAGGCGAUUUAUCCUGACCCGCAGUCCGAUUUGCUUCUUUUGGAUUCCCCACCCCCUUAUCCUCUGGCCCCGAAUCCCCUACCCCCUAGAGGACCCCCAGCUCCACUGCCCUCGGCACCAAGGGAACCAUCCAUGAUGGAAGAAGAAAGGGGUCCCUCAGUGGGCACUAGGAGCCGGAGGGCUAUCUCCCCGGACUCCACUGCCCUACCUCUUAGAGAAUAUGGCCCCCCCGAUGGCCAAGGGAAUAGACCUCUCCAAUAUUGGCCCUUUUCCUCUGCAGAUCUUUAUAAUUGGAAAAUGCAUAACCCAACUUUUUCUGAAAAUCCACAGGCCCUUACCGCUUUAAUAGAAUCUCUUGUUUUCUCCCACCAGCCCACAUGGGAUGAUUGUCAGCAGCUGCUCCAGACUCUCCUAACGACUGAGGAGAGGCAACGGGUUCUUUUAGAAGCCAGAAAAAAUGUAUUAGGCGCCAAUGGGCAACCUACCCAGCUGCCUAACGAGAUUGAUGCUGGUUUCCCACUCGUCAGGCCAAACUGGGAUUUCAAUGCGUGGACCCAGUGUCAUCACAAGGGUCCUGAAAGUGGAGGGGAGGCACAGAAGAGAUGGAGAAACGAAGCUAAAGAAGGUCAGAGAGAUGCCAUGUUGCUGCCUUUGAAGCUGGAGGAAAGGGGCCACGAGCCCAGGAAUAUGGGUGGCCUCUGGAGGCUGGAAAAGGUAAGGAAACGGAUCAGACCCGGAGCCUACAGAAAGGAAUGCAGCCAUGCUGAUUGA